UGUGUAUAUGAAUGGUAAAAAUCUAGUCAUUGUAUUUUAUCAGAUGUAGCAUAGUAUAAACCUGACAGGAACAUCUACAUACUCCAUACGGUCAGUUGCACACAAGAAAAAGGUGCAUUAAUUCGAUUCUACAGCUAGUAAAUGCUUUUUAUUUUUUUCUUUCUCUGAAAAAUAUAAAAUAAUGUUGUAGAGUUUGAGUAUUAAAAUUUAUGGAAUAAACACAAUAGCCCAUUCAUAAGGUAAGAAUCAGAAUUUUCCUUUACUGGGCACAACUGUUAAAUUUCACUUUACGCACAUGAAACAAAACAUUCACAAGUCAAUAUAUAUUAUAUAUAUAAUAUAGUUAUAAAAUUAACAUUGACUACUAGUCUGUGUCGGUCAAUGCAAGAAUCAAUUAAUUAAACCACCACCCCAACUCCAUACAAUUCUGACCCUCAUUAAGUAACCAAAACACGAUUUACUCAACUAAUUCAGCCAAAAAAAAUGUAAAAUUAUUAAAUUAUUAUUAAUGAUCUCAUGCAAGAAUCCCCCAAUGUCACGUGCCUUUCGUACUAUAUAAAGAGGGCCACUAUCAAAGCAGAGAGAGAGAGAGAGAGAGAGAGAGAGAGAGAGAGAGAGAGAGAGAGAGAGAGAGGUAGAGGUAGAGAGAAAACAUGAGAAUUGGUUCAAUGGCGGAGAAACGGAGUUUCAAAUGCAAACCUUUUACAGUUUCGAAUUUCGUCGUUUUGGUUCUUUCCCUCUUUCCGAAGAUAUCCUCAUCUCAAUCCUAUAAUUACGGAGAUGCCCUCUCGAAGAGCCUCCUCUACUUCGAAGCCCAGCGCUCCGGCCGCCUCCCUUACAACCAGAGAGUCGGGUGGCGCCACCACUCCGGCCUCACCGACGGCCUCGACCAAGGGGUUGAUUUGGUGGGAGGAUAUUACGACGCCGGAGACAAUGUGAAGUUCGGUUUGCCGAUGGCUUUCACAAUGACGAUGCUGUCGUGGGGCGUCAUUCAAUUCCGGGAUCAAAUCGCCGACGGCGGCGAACUCCGGCAUGCUCUUGAAGCUAUCAAAUGGGGGAUUGAUUAUUUCAUCAAAGCUCACACUCAUCCUAAUGUUCUGUGGGCCCAGGUGGGUGACGGAGAUACCGAUCACCUGUGCUGGCAGCGGCCGGAGGACAUGACGACGUCGCGGCGAGCAUACAAGUUGGAUGAGGAGAAUCCCGGAUCGGAGGUGGCGGCGGAGACGGCGGCUGCCAUGGCUGCGGCGGCGAUUGUGUUUAGGACAACAAACCCACAUUACUCACACCUUCUCUUGGAGCACGCGCAGCAGUUGUUUGAGUUUGGUGACAAGUAUAGAGGUAAAUAUGAUGAGACAAUAGAAGGGGCAAAAGGGUAUUACACAUCGGUGAGUGGCUACAAGGAUGAGUUGUUAUGGGCAGCAUUGUGGUUAUAUAAAGCCACCGACAAUUCAACAUAUUUGAAUUAUGCAAUUCAAAAUGCCAAUGCUUUUGGUGGGAUCACUUGGGCCAUUUCUGAAUUCAGCUGGGAUGUUAAAUUUGCUGGUCUUCAACUCAUGGCCUCUUUGUUGCCAAUGGAAGGUAAAAACGAACAACAAAGGCAAAUCCUCCAACAGUACAGGUCCAAGGCAGAACACUACCUCUGCGCUUGUCUGAACAAGAACAACUCCACUAACGUGCAACGCACCCCGGGUGGCUUACUGUACACCCGCCAAUGGAACAACAUGCAGUACGUAUCCACCGCAGUUUUCUCACUCACGGUCUACUCCGACCACCUCCAAUCCACCAAUCAAAUGCUCAACUGCCACAAGGAUUCAGUGGGCCCCACCGAGAUCCUCUCGUUCGUCAGAUCACAGGUGGACUACAUUCUGGGCUCCAAUCCUGUGGGAGUGAGCUACAUGGUUGGAUACGGAGCAGUCUAUCCCAAGAAAGUCCACCAUAGAGGCGCUUCAAUGGACCCGUACAGAGAUAGCAAGGUUUUUGUAGGGUGCACGCAGGGGUAUGAUAGUUGGUACGGUCGUCAGGAUCCGAACCCGAAUGUACUCGUUGGAGCCCUAGUCGGUGGGCCCGAUAGUAAAGAUGGUUUUACUGAUAGAAGGGGUAACUUCGUGCAGACUGAGGCUUGCACGUAUAAUACUGCCCCACUGGUUGGUGUUUUUGCCAAAUUUAAUGCACUAGAGAAGAGUAAUUCCAGUUCACUAGUUUCUUCCAUAUAAAAUAAAAUAAUUACGAAAAAGAAAAAUGUAUAGAAAUUCGGGAGUUUCUUUCUUUCUUUUUUUUUUUUUUUUGGGUACAGCCAAAAGGCAAAUGUAUUUCUACAAGAAAAAUAUUACCGUGAAGAAAUUACAAAUACGAAAGAGAAAAGAAAAAAAAAAACAUUUUUGUUUUUCGUUUCUGGUGUAUCUGAAAUGCAAUAACAUGGGCAUGGA